CAAGGAAGGGGUUUUGAUGUGUCAAGCUGUACCUAAUCACAGCACUUGUAGCGCUCGACGGCGCAUCCAGUUGGCAGCCCCCGCUGUGCCGCUUACGUGUGGAAGCAACAUUGACUGAACUCUUGCCUGUUUCAACUUUCAACCCAGCACAGACUGCGUCCAAGCCUCGGCGGCCCUGCGUUUCUGCCAACCGCCCUUGCUGCGAGUCUGGGCCACCAAACGCGGGCCUAAAUCCGCGAGCGACUGCACCAGCGAGGGACCUGCAGACGACAUCCCUUCUCUGCGCUCGCUGCUCUUGCGCCCUCAUACCUGCCGCUCUGCCCUCCUCCCACCGGAGUCUGCAGCCUACGUGCCACAGCCAAUGCCAAUGCCAAUGCCGCUCGUUCCAUCAUCCAUUGACCAUGUCUUCCGCCGCCGCGACCAACGACCCGACCCAGCAAUCCACAGCCUCUCAAGCCUCCAGGAAGAAAGGCAACAAAAAGAAGAAGACCAGCAAACCGCGGCCGGUGGAUCCCAGCCAGCAAGAUGACCGGCGCAUUAACGAGGAUCUAUCUGACGACGACGCCCCGGCAUUGAAAUCGCCAGUUCCAGCCCCAGCCCCGGACGAGGACGCCGAUGAACCGUCGUCACAACCAGAGGCCCCAGCAAAGCGAGACGGGGGCGCGAACGGCCACGCGCAGGCGGGGGGUUCCGCCAACGGUCACAAGAAGCCACAAGCACCACCGCAGCCAGCAAAUAGCAAGGCCCAACCGCCACAACCACCGACCCCGACCCCGACCACGACGGCCGACGGCGCCGGCGACGCGGGCGCCAAGUUCGACGCCAUGACACAGGAGCGGGAUGCCCUCCGGGCCGAGGUGGAGCAGCUGCGGCAGGAGCUCGAGAAGAUACGGGAGUCACACUCCACCGAGACGUCGCAGCUGCGGUCCGAGCUUGAGGAGUCGGAGGCGGCGCGGGACCGGGCCGAGGACCAGUAUCAGAACCUGCUGGGCCGCGUCGAGAAGAUUAAGACCACCCUGGGCGACCGCCUGAAACGCGACAAGGAGGAGCUGGCCGAGGCCAAGGACCGGGUGGAAGAGCUCGAGUCGCAGUCGGACGCCCUCGCCCGGCGGGCCGAGGAGGCCGAGGCCGAGGCAGAGCGGCUGCGGGAGGAGGCGCAGGACCAGGGGCGCGAGCUGGCGUCGCUGCGCAGCCGCAGCAACCUGUCGCAGCAGAACUGGCUCAAGGAGAAGGACGACAUGGCGCGGCAGCUGGCCAGCUACAAGGCCGAGCUGGACCGGACCAGCAGCGCCAUGGGCGAGUGGGAGGUGAUCGCCAUGGAGCAGAAGUCGGUGCGCGACAGCCUGGGCGACAAGGCGGCCGAGCUCGAGGCCGAGUGCGACAGCCUGCGCGAGGAGCGCGACCGUGCCGCCGAGGAGCGCGACUCGCAGACCCACAUCAUCGACCAGCUGCAGCGCGCCCUCGCCGAGCUGCAGGAGGCGCGCCGCCGCGAGCUGCGCGAGGUGGUCGAGGCCUCGGAGAGCCAGCUCGAGGAUGCCAAGAAGGCGGCGCGCGAGGCCCAGGCCAACGCCACCGCCGCCAUCGCCGAGCGCGCGCGCCUGGCCGGCGAGCUCGAGCGGACCGCGCCCUUUGAGAAGGAGGUCAAGGAGAAGAACCUGCUGAUAGGGAAGCUGCGGCACGAGGCCAUUGUGCUCAACGACCACCUGACCAAGGCGCUCAAGUACAUCAAGAAGAACAAGCCGGAGGAGAACGUCGACAGGCAAGUCGUCACGAACCUGUUCCUGCAGUUCCUCUCCCUCGACCGGUCGGACCCCAAGAAAUUCCAGGUCCUCCAGGUCAUCGCCGGCAUGCUCAACUGGUCCGAGGAGCAGAAGGAGCAGGCCGGGCUGGCGCGGCCGGGCACGUCCAGCAGCAGCCUGCGGCUGCCCGCGUCGCCCUUCUACCGGACCCCGAGCACGCCCUCGCUCAACACCGAGUUCUUCGCCGAGCCGGCGUCGGGCCAGAACUCAAAGGAGAGCCUGGCCGACCUCUGGGCCGGCUUCCUCGAGCGUAGCGUCGAGGAGGCGGCCGUCUCGGGCGCCAUAGCCGGCAUGUCCUCCCGGAAGGGCAGCAUGUCCAGCAACGCCACGGGAACGACGAGACCCGACACGAGGGGAGGGGUCUGACGGGGAUUGUGAGGAUCGAGGCUGGGAUAGGCCCACGAGACAACACGUUGGUUUACGAAGGAUGAUGGCCAGCCGAGCGCUGUUCGCCCACCAUGUUUUUUCUCCUCCUUUGGGCGUUCUUUUUUUUUUUUGCCUGGUGUGGGUGUUUCUUUUUACAAUGUGGUAUUCGUUUGAUAAGAUGGACGCAAGAACGGAAUCCAUGAUUAGAGACAAGACAAAAGACCAAGGGAAGGCGAGUCCGUGUUCUAAAUGUCCUCGAAAGAUCUAGACUUAUCUGCCUCGUACUUCAUCUUUCUGUUUUUCGUUCUUUCUUUUUUGGACUUGCAUAUCUAGGUAUAUCAUCCGGAGGGAACAUUUUUUUUAUAUUUACUGCUUGGGCUUGGUGGUUGUCUCUGAGUGUGAUUUUCUACCCAUCCAACACACAUAACAAGCCAAUGUCAUCUUUGGGCUCGUUUAUACUGGACAGAACAGGCUCGAAAGUUCGAUAUGAUCCAACAGGGGCAGCAGACAAACGCUUGCGUGAAGUGCACUUAGUUAAAGGACAGCAAAGGCUGAAGUGUUGGAUACGGGCAUAGAGACCAUACAGCGAGCAAAUGGCUACCUAGGUACCUCCCUCCGGCAUGGACCUACCAGGUCGAACUUUCCUC